AUGUCUAGUAUCUAUCUACUACCAGUACCAGUCACCCACCUGGGCCAGGGCAGCAGCAGGGACGCUGUCAGAGAGGUCAACUCGGAGGCCCAUGCGGGCCAGUGCCAGCGCAGCAGCAGGGACGCUAUCAGAGAGGUCAACUCGGAGGCCCAUGCGGGCCAGUGCCAGCGCAGCAGCAGGGACGCUAUCAGAGAGGUCAACUCGGAGGCCCAUGCGGGCCAGUGCCAGCGCAGCAGCAGGGACGCUGUCAGAGAGGUCAACUCGGAGGCCCAUGCGGGCCAGUGCCAGCGCAGCAGCAGGGACGCUGUCAGAGAGGUCAACUCGGAGGCCCAUGCGGGCCAGUGCCAGCGCAGCAGCAGGGACGCUGUCAGAGAGGUCAACUCGGAGGCCCAUGCGGGCCAGUGCCAGCGCAGCAGCAGGGACGCUGUCAGAGAGGUCAACUCGGAGGCCCAUGCGGGCCAGUGCCAGCGCAGCAGCAGGGACGCUGUCAGAGAGGUCAACUCGGAGGCCCAUGCGGGCCAGGUACUGCCAGCGCAGCAGCAGGGACGCUGUCAGAGAGGUCAACUCGGAGGCCCAUGCGGGCCAGGUCCAUGGCAGUAA